AUGAAACACAGAAAUCAAACAGUGGUGACUGAGUUCUUCUUUAUUGGAUUAACCAGCUCCUUUCAGCUUAAAAUUAUUCUCUUCCUGACAUUUCUUUGUGUUUAUCUUAUAACUCUUCUGGGGAACCUGGGAAUGAUUAUUCUCAUUCGCCUGGACACUCGACUCCACAUCCCCAUGUACUUUUUGCUCAGCCACUUGUCCUUUGUGGAUGCCUGCUCAUCUUCUGUCAUCAGUCCUAAGAUGUUAUCUGACAUCUUCGUAGAGAAAAAAGUGAUCUCUUUCUCAGGAUGUGCUAUCCAGCUUUGCUUAUUCAGCCAGUUUGUAGUGACAGAAUGUUUCCUCCUGGCCUCCAUGGCUUAUGAUAGGUAUGUUGCCAUCUGUAAGCCUUUGUUGUAUACACUCAUUAUGUCACAGCAGGUCUGUGUACAGCUAGUGAUCGGGCCUUAUGGCAUAGCCCUUAUGAGCACCACGGUCCAUGUCACUUCUGCCUUGAUCCUGCCUUACUGUGGUCCAAAUCUCAUCAAUCACUUUUUCUGUGACCUUCUUCCUGUUGUCUCAUUAGCAUGUGCAGAUACUCAUGUGAAUAAACUUUUGCUUUUCAUCUUGGCUGGGAUCCUGGGUGUAUUCAGCGGUGUCAUCAUCUUGGUGUCUUACAUUUGCAUUGUCACCACCAUCCUGAGGAUCCGCUCUGCUGAUGGGAGGCACAGAGCCUUCUCCACCUGCUCCUCACACCUGACAGCCGUCUCCAUCCUUUAUGGGACACUCUUCUUUAUCUAUGUGCGCCCAAGCUCCAGCUUCUCUCUGGAUAUCAAUAAAGUUGUGUCAUUGUUCUACACGACUGUGAUCCCUAUGUUGAACCCAUUCAUUUAUAGUCUGAGAAACAAAGAGGUCAAAGAUGCAUUCCUCAGAACAUUUGAAAAACAGUUUUGCUACAAUUUGCAAGGUAAAAUAGUAUAG